CUCGAGGACGCGACCUCUCUUGCAUACCUGUCACCGAAACUUCCAAGACUGCGCACUUGAAUCCCCAAAAUCUCUGACUGGAGGCAGCCAGGUCUUUGCAGCUUUCAACUAAGCUUGUCGAUAUACAACCUCUGCACGCCGCAAAUAAGUAGACGCAUCAAACAAUGGAUGAAGAAGACGAUGAUCUCUACGGCCCUUCCGAGCCCACCACUGAGAUCAAGAGGGAACCAAAGAAGGAGGCGGAUGCGUCUAGUGGUGACGAACCCAUGGACGAGGGCGCAGACUCUGGCGACGACGACGACAGCGACUCAGAUCUCGAAUUCAUUAUCGACAAGCCAGCGACCGCGCCAAAACCAGCGGCCGCAUCACAACCGCAAGAAUCCAAAGCCAUAAAGAUCGAAGCUCCACCCCAAUCAACAUCCACACCACAACCACCCUCAGCCCAACAAGCACGACCUGCGCCAGGAACCGCACCCCAAGUCUCCCAAAUAUCAGGCCAGGGCUACCCAGCGCUGCACACAUCCAACGUCGACGUAAACGCGAACCCCACCUACCCCCCUCUGAACAAGCCGCUCCUCCAAGUCGACCUCGACGCCGAUCUUGCCGAGGAACAUAAACUCUGGCGCCGCCCGGGCGAAGACUACUCGGACUACUUCAACUACGGUUUCGACGAGUUCACAUGGGAGACGUACAGGCUGAAGCAGCAGCAAAUGGGCCAGACGAUACAGCAGCAGAAACAAGAGAUGGCGCAAAUGCAGCAGAUGAUAUCCGGAGGUAUGCCAGGAAUGCCGCCGAUGCCUGGUGGCGGUGCGCCGGCUGGUGCGCCGCAGGGGCCUGGGGGUAUGAAUGGGAUGGGUGGGAUGCCGCCUGGUGGCAUGGAUGAGGGGCAGAUGCAGAUGAUGAUGCAGCAGAUGGCGAGCAGUGGGAUGGAUCCGAGUCAAAUGGAUUUUGCGACGUUCAUGCAAAUGGCGGGUGGUGGCAUGGGCGGACCUGGUGGGCCGGGAGGGUUUGGGGGCGGAGGGCAGCAGGGUGGUGGAUUUCAGCCGGGACAUCAGGGUGGUGGUGGCAGAGGUGGCAGAGGAAGGGGGAGAGGGUGGUGA